AUGUCCAGCCAGUCACAGGGGAUCCACCAGCUCCUCCAGGCAGAGAAGAGGGCCAAGGACAAACUCGAGGAAGCCAAGAAGAGAAAAGUCAAGCGAUUGCGCCAAGCCAAGGAGGAAGCGAUGGCAGAAACUGAUCAGUACAGAAUGCAGCGAGAUGAGGAAUUUCGACAGAAACAGGCUAAGAUAAUGGGCUCUCAGAGCAAUGUCUUAGAAGAAAUAGAAGUGCAAACCCUAGGGAAGAUAAAAGAACUGCAUGCAAGCUACAGCAAGUCCAUGGAAAGUGUGAUCAACGAGCUUUUAAGCAUCGUCUGUGACGUGAAACCAGAGAUCCAUGUCAACUACAGACUCGCCAACUAA